AUGAAGGGGGCAUGGAUUUUUGGCCAGAGUUUCUUGCAAGUAGUUGGGGAAAAGAUUUUGUGGCUGGUGGAUUUGGAGGAAUAGCUGGUCUCAUUUCUGGUUAUCCACUCGACAGCAUCAGAGUUCGCCAGCAAAAUUCGAAGAGUGGUUCUGCUUUCAACGUUUUCCGCCAUGUAGUCGCCAAAGAAGGCCCCCUGUCUCUCUACAGGGGCAUGGCGGCUCCUCUAGCAUCCGUCACUUUUCAGAAUGCCAUGGUAUUUCAGAUCUACGCAAUGCUAUCCCGAACAUUUGACAGACAGAUCCUAGCAAGCGAUCCACCCUCAUACAAAGGAGUGGCUUUGGGUGGCAUUGCAGCAGGAGCAAUUCAGAGCCUAAUUAUCAGCCCUGUAGAACUGGUGAAAAUCCAACUACAAUUGCAAAGCAGGACCAAUCAAUGCAACAAUCAAGUAACUAGACUCAAGGGUCCAAGAGAUGUCACAAGAAGAAUUGUCAAACAGGCAGGUUUGAGAGGAAUCUACCGAGGAUUAACUGUUACUGUCCUCAGAGAUGCACACUCUCACGGUCUAUAUUUCUGGGUAUAUGAGUAUACUAAGGAGCAACUUCAUCCUGGCUGUCGCAAGAAUGGCCACGAGAGCUUCCAAACAAUGCUCCUAGCAGGUGGUCUUGCAGGGUCUGUUAGCUGGAUAAGCUGCUACCCCUUAGAUGUUGUUAAGACCAGACUCCAAGCUCAAUCACAGUCUAAAACUGCAAAAUACCAUGGUAUUGUUGAUUGCUUCAGGCAAAGUGUAAGAACAGAGGGAUAUGGUGUGCUUUGGCGAGGCGUGGGAACUACAGUUGGCAGAGCAUUCAUAGUGAAUGGGGCUAUAUUCACUGCCUAUGAAACUGCACUGAGGUUCCUUUGCAAGCCACAAUGACAAUGAUCAUACAAAUGUCCAAUCUGAAAAUGCAAUUAUAAAACAGGACUAAAGAACUUCUUUAAUAUGCAUCAUGUUGUUGAAAGAGAAAACAUCCUGAGUAGGGCUCUGAAAUACUGAUCAUUCGUUCAUUAUGAUA